AUGGGGACUAUAACUAGCAAAGAUACUAGACGUAUAAGUUUUGCUAACACUUGUGCUCUAACAACACCAAUCGUUAUCCAAAAUUCCAUUGAAGUGGAAAACGCUAUCGCUUUUAACGAGUUGCCUGCUGAACCAUCGAAUGAAUUGCUUUUCAAGGAAAAAUAUUCAAAUUUAACAGAAGAAGGCGAUGGAGAUUAUUGGUCCCAUAGAAUGGAUUAUUUGAAAAAAGAACACCAGGAAAUUAAUAAAAUCAUAGAAUCAGAAUAUGACAAAAAGAUUGAAGCUGCAAAUGUCACGUCUGAAUCGCCUAAAAUUUUACAUGAUAAACUACAAAAAGUCAAACCAUGUUUCGAUUGGCGAGCGAAGAUUUUAAAAUGCUAUGAAGAUAAUCCUCAUCAAACGUUGGUGUGUUCUUCGGUAGUUCAAGCUUUUACCAAUUGUGUCACUAAUUGCAGACUGGAAGACUGA